AUGCAACUUUGCAUAUUUCUUCUGUUGUGUAGUACGACAGUUGGUGUUGCGAUCAAAAGAUACACAAUUGAUUUGGAUGUUGAGCCGGAGAAUCGAUGGAAUGAAGUCAUACGUGAUCAUCUACAAUACAUUCCAGCUAUAGCGGAAGAAUCAAAGAGUUACAUUCCAUCAAAGCUGCAACCUUUCGUUUGGUGGCUAGCAGCUCGAAUUGGAAAUUUAUUUUCAGAAGAAUAUGAGAGGGAACUGAAAGGAAUUGCACGAGAAGCUAAUCUACCACUUGGAGAAGUUGUUGGAUUAAAUAUUUUAUAUGACAUCACGGCUUUUGAUAGAAAACAUAUUCUCUCUGGACUAGGAUGUACAUCUAUUGUUGCUCAGGAUAAAGAUGGAAAAAUCAUUCAUGGAAGGAACUUGGAUUAUGAAAUGGGAUCACUUCUUAAGAAUAUAACGGUCUUAGUGGAUUUUACAAGAAAUGGAAAAAUUGUGUAUGCUGGCACUACGUUUGCUCUAUACAAUGGCUUAUUGACUGGACAAAGACCUUCAGCGUUUACCGUAUCGCUGAAUGCUCGAUAUUCUGGAGCUUAUAUAGACAACAUCCUGAUGGAGUUAUACACUAGGUUCAAACGUCCAGUAUCUUAUCUCAUUCGAGAAGGAGCAUUAACAAGAUUCACUUCAACUCCUCUGAUUUCACCUUCGUAUAUCAUCUUAGGAGGUAUGAGUAACUAUGAAGGAGUCGUCAUUUCGAGAAAUCGUAUGAAAGCAUUUGAUAUUUAUACCUUGAGUAAGGACAGAUGGUAUUUGGUUGAAACUAACUUCGAUCAUUGGAAAAAGGAUGGAGACAAGAGAAGAACGACUGCUCAGGCAGCGCUGGACAAAGUUGGUCGAAGCAAUCUGCAUUCGCAGUAUCUUCAGAACAUUCUUCUACUUGAGCCAGUCCGAAACAACCUUACUAUCUAUUCCACCGUAUUAUCAGCUUCUUCACCCAGCAAUUUCUACGAUAGUUUCCAAAUCAUAAAUUAA